GUUACAGCCAAGACUCUGGCCCAGCAGGAGGAGCAGCUGAAGAAGAUGGAGACCAUCAGUGCUCUCCAGGAAACCGUCAGGAUGCUGAACACAGAGAAGGACAAACUGGAACAAGAGAUGCAGCAGGCGCAGACUAAAGUUAAGAAGCUGCAGUCAGACAUCAGCCCGCUGCACCAGUCUCUGUCUCUGCUGUCGGAGAAGAACGGCUCCAUGCAGGCCGACAAGAGGAUCCUGGAGGAGGACCUCAAACGCUGGAAGGCCAAAACCCAGCAACUAUUGAGCCAGCAGAAAGAUGGGGACGUGGAGGAGAGACAGAAACUGUCCACUGAGAGAGAAGCUCAGCAGAGACGCAUCACACAGCUCGCUGAGGAGACGGCCAAGCUGAAGACUGAACUCGCAAG